AUGGGAAGUACACUUCAGCAAGAAGAUAUCAAAGAGUCUGGGACCAGUGCCAGUCCACCCAUUCAGUGUAGACAUUACUCUCAACUUCUUCCAGCUGAGUCUGACUCCGAGGACCAUGGGGACAGCAGGAUGAUGAUGAUGGUGAUAAUGCUGAGGGACCAAGAUCAACAAGACAAGGUGGAAUAUAACCAUGCAUCAGACAAUGCAGAAUAUAACCAUGCAUCAGACAAGGUGAAAUAUAACCAUGCAUCAGACAAGGUGAAAUAUAACCAUGCAUCAGACAAUGCAGAAUAUAACCAUGUAUCAGACAAUGAGGAAUAUAACCAUGCAUCAGACAAGGUGGAAUAUAACCAUGUAUCAGACAAGGUGAAAUAUAACCAUGCAUCAGACAAUGCAGAAUAUAACCAUACAUCAGACAAGGUGAAAUAUAACCAUGCAUCAGACAAUGCAGAAUAUAACCAUGCAUCAGACAAUGAGGAAUAUAACCAUGCAUCAGACAAGGUAAAAUAUAGCCAUGCAUCAGACAAGGCAGAGUAUAACCAUGCAUCAGACAAGGAAUAUAAUCAUGCAUCAGACAAUGCGGAAGAUAACCAUGCAUCAGACAAUGUGGAAUAUAACCAUGCAUCAGACAAUGCAGAAUAUAACCAUGCAUCAGACAAUGCGCAAUAUAAUCAUGCAUCAGACAAUGCAGAAUAUAACUAUGCAUCAGAUAAUGCAGAAUAUAACCAUACAUCAGACAAUGCAGAAUAUAACCAUGCAUCAGACAAUGCAGAAUACAACCAUGCAUCAGACAAUGCAGAAUAUAACCAUGCAUCAGACAAUGUGCAAUAUAAUCAUGCAUCAGACAAUGCAGAAUAUAACCAUGCAUCAGACAAUGCAGAAUAUAACCAUGCAUCAGACAAUGCAGAAUAUAACCAUGUAUCAGACAAUGCAGAAUAUAACCAUACAUCAGACAAUGCAGAAUAUAACCAUGUAUCAGACAAUGCAGAGCAUAACCAUGCAUCAGACAAGGUGGACUAUAACCAUAAAAACGAAUGA